ACAUCAGACCGCCGCCAGGCAUCUCAGCACAGGCCUGUGCGCGGAGGAGAGUUGCGGCCGGGCUCAGGCCGAAAGGAGGGAGCCAGGAGAGCGACCCGCGACUGCAGCCGGCUUUUAAGGCUAAUAAUCGCUUCGCAGCAGGUUCCGGGCAGCACUCCCGCGAGCUCCGCGGCGGGACCUGCCCUGGGAGACCUGGGCGCAGGACUGGAAGGGCGCUCGCGGCGGGUGCUGGCGACUCCGGGGCACCCGGGGACUCUCCCCGCGCCCUGGUCCGCUGCACCCGGGCUCCAGCUUACGCGUCUGGGAGCGGGGGGUGGAACCGGACGCGCACGGCAGGGGCUUUGCUAAUUGCCAAGCAGGAAGUGAGCGCCGGGAAGAGCGGCGGAGAGAGGGGAGGAGCGGGCGGAGGAGGGGCGCGCGGAGCUGCCGAGGUUCGCUCCCCACGCGUCCGAAACGCAGGGCAACCGAGCCCUGCAACCCGGCUUUCCUCCCCUGUCCCGCCAGCUGCCCGGCCCUGCUCUGGCGCCCGUUGGCCCCACUCCGUCCCCAUGGCUUCUCCGGACGACCCUGUGCGCGCGGAGUCACCAAUCCAGGAGAAUGGAGGCAGCUUUGGGACAGUAGAGCAACAGCCAGGAUCAGGAGGAAGGUCCCCACCCACCCCUGGCUGAGCUGCCGGCCUUGCCACCUCGGAGCUCGCACGAUCCCCCUUUCUGUUUCGGCUUCUUCGUGCCCCAUCUGAUAUCAGAGCCUUGCCUAGAGGCCCAGCCUGCUGUUACCUGGGGCCUGUAAAAAUAAACAUUUUAAAGCUUCUGAGUAAACUAUUUGAUUUCAUACUAAUAAUGUUGUAAACAUGUGGCUCGAAGAGCUCUCAGAAAUACUUGAGGACAACUGCUUCUAGGCUAGUCUCCAAUAACCAGGAUCAGCCCUCCUCCAAAUAACCUACACAACACGGGCCUGGGAGAACAAAGGUGUUUCUGCGUGAACUACAGCGAGGGCCGGGGGAAGGCCCGGGAUCAGGUAGAACAAGUGGAGAGACAGCGUGGGCCUGGGUCUGUGAGCGGAUUUGGCAAUAACACAUAAGGAAGAACUUCAUCCCCAGCCUGGGCUACGUCAGAAGCUGAUACAGUCACAACCGUGCGAAUGAAAAUAGUAAAAGACCUGAAAGUGCCUCUAAGACUGGUCCUAAACCUCUCCUGAUCGCCUAAGCCUUUCCUCAUUGCCCUCUCACUUUGCUGUUGUGCUUCAGAAAACAACAACAAAAAAAACCCUAAAUUCUCUGUGCCCUUCCCAUCUUAAGUUCCAUCUAUUCUCAGAGGUUUCAGACCAAAGCAAGAGACUUUGGGCCUCCAAACACUUGUGGUCCUGUUCACCCCAUCACCCUCUGAGGCACAGAUUCUCAGGGGGAGUCGUUCCCAAACCUGACCUGACCAGAAUAAUGAUGAUCAGCUGGGUGUGGGAACCAGCCACGUGGACCCGCUCCUGUUACAGAGGAAGAGCCAGAGGCCGGGAACACUUAACAUGAGUCAUCCAAGGUCAUACAGCUAGACUCAUUCAAGAUCAUUUGACAAAGGAGCCAGUGGAAGACACAGACCCUAGCACUAUAUCCCUUAAUAUGUCAGACAAAUAUCCCAUUCAAGACACGGGACUCCCUAAAGCAGAGGAGUGUGAUCCAAUUAGUCUGAACUGCCCAACAAAUUCUGAUGUGCAACACCAGGGAGAAGAAAAUGGCUUUCCAGACAGUACUGGAGAUCCCCUUUCAGAUAUAAGCAAGGACACAUCCUGCGCGGAAAACUGUACCUGUUCGUCCUGCUUGCUCCUGGCCCCCACCAUCAGCGACUUGCUCAAUGACCAGGACUUACUAGACGUAAUCAGGAUAAAGCUGGAUCCCUGUCACCCAACAGUCAAAAACUGGAGGAAUUUCGCAAGCAAGUGGGGCAUGCCCUACGAUGAACUGUGUUUCCUGGAGCAGCGGCCCCAGAGCCCCACCCUGGAGUUCUUACUCCGGAACAGUCAGAGGACGGUGGGCCAGCUGAUGGAGCUCUGCCGGCUCUACCACAGGGCCGAUGUGGAGAAGGUCCUGCGCAGGUGGGUGGACGAAGAAUGGCCCAGGAGGGGGCGUGGAGAGCACCCCAGGAACUUCUAGCCCUCAGCUCCUUCUCAUCGGCCUCUUCGGACCCUGAGCCGAGCACAGGUUAAGGGGCAAUGUGAAUCUGUUCUUUUUUAAGUUUAGGCGAAGGACGUGGGACAGCGGACCUUAGUUUUCCCCAAAGCUGGUGGUUUUGUGGAGGGUAGGGUAUGUUUUUGGUGGCGGAUUUUCCUUUAGUUUUGCACAUCUGUUUUUAUUUAAUAUUUGAAUCUGGAAUUGGGAAAAAUAUGUUGUAGGCUCCUAUAGGGACCAGGGCCAAAGCUACAGUCAGAGUGGAUUCAUGCCAUGAUGAAAAUAAAAGUAUCCUCUCCCUUAAAAACUGAAGACUGAACUCAGAACUAAAAGUCAUCAUCCACAAGAUCCUUUAUGAUUAAUGACACUCCCACAGCUUAGAAGGAAACCACAGAGAGAAGUUUCCCUUUAGUCUGUUACUCUUUUUGUUGUAAAGUACUUAGGUGAAUUCACAGGCUGCUGGCAUUGCGUGGUGAUACUCUUCAGGACACAUGCCAGCUUUCUUAUUCAAAUACUUGUAUAAUCUGGGCACUAUCAAAGAGGACUUUGCUUGAGUGUUUUUGAAAGAAAUGCAAAAACCGAUGGUGAUUGGGAGGACAGAGUUAGCAGGGUAAUAAGGACCAUGGGAAAGGUGUUGACAAAGAGUAGGCCCGGGGCUUCCCUGGUGGCGCAGUGGUUGAGAGCCCUCCUGCCGAUGAAGGGGACAUGGGUUCGUGCCCCGGUCCGGGAGGAUCCCACAUGCCGCGGAGCGGCUAGGCCCGUGAGCCAUGGCCGCUGAGCCUGUGCAUCUGGAGCCUGUGCUCUGCAAUGGGAGAGGCCACAACAGUGAGAGGCCCGCGUACCGCAAAAAAAAAAAAAAAAAAAAAGGCCCUUUCGGUACCCUUGGCUUUUUAAAAAUUAAUUUAACAUUUACUUUUAUGUCUUGUAUAUCAGGCUGAGUGUUUCACCCCUGAGAGAAAGCUCAAUUAAGAAAUAAAAACUACCUGGCCUGUGGGUGAAAUGCAACCCCGUCUAGCACCUACUACCCCACCUUAAAACAGGGCCCAAUAAUAACUACACAGCACUUUAGCGAAGAAAGAGAUAUCUUUACUGGUGAUACUGGGAAGGAAGCUAUGCAUUAAAACCUAAAUUUCAAAGGAUUUUAAACCAAGUGAAAAAUUGGGUCCAAAGACUAUCCCCUGUUCUCGUUUGAUGGUUUACUGUGGAAGGUGGUGUGGAUGGGAGCGUUUGCUAUUAGAAUUUUCUAGGUUUGGGGGGUGGGCGGGGGGAGGGAGAGAGAAGCCUUGGUUUACUUGGUGAUUUCAUAGAAGUGCUAUUUGGUUUUGGCUAUAGGUUUAGAAAAUUAAGGCACUUUGUCCAAUUUGGGAGGAUUCUGUUUAAAUCCCUGACUAAAAUAAGCAAAAAUGAUGAAUGACAUUGAUUGGAGUACAAGGGAGAUUAGGAUUAACUCAAAAGAAAGUUGUUUCCUAAACCACUGACAUUUUUCCCCCGCUAGCAGUUACAGCAGUUUUUAUGAGGUUGCUGGUAUAUAGUCAGCCUGACCGUUAAAUGUAAACGCUAAAUUUGCAAAAUUACUAUAGAGACUUACUCAUCACUUCUGAUUCAGUCAGUGCUAGUCACACCUAGCUCGUCUUGUCAGAUUUAGCAGAUAAAUGUCAGGUUUAUCAAAAGAUGUACUCAAGGGCUCCCCUGGUGGCGCAGUGGUUGAGAGUCCGCCUGCCGAUGCAGGGGACGCAGGUUCGUGCCCCGGUCCGGUCCGGGAAGAUCCCACAUGCCGCGGAGCGGCUGGGCCCGUGAGCCAUGACCACUGAGCCUGCGCGUCCGGAGCCUGUGCUCCGCAACGGGAGAGGCCACAACGGUGAGAGGCCCGUGUACUGCAAAAAAAAAAAAAAAAAAAAAAAAAAGAACCAGUUCCUAACAUCCCCGACUUGAAAUCCAGAAAAUGAUGAAAAUUUUCUCAUGGAAACACUGUUGGUGAUCAGGCUCUGUAGAAUGGACAGUUCUGUGCUUCACAAAUUCCUGGAUUAACAGCUUUUUGUGGGCUGACUUGGGGACACUAGUCCCUACUGGCACUGCUUCUGUGGGACAUGUUUCCAAAAUUCCAAACUUCAGAUUUCAGUUUCAAAACUGACUUUAGGCAGAAUUUAUCCUCAUAGAUUUCUUGAACAUGGCUCUUGUUCAUAAGUGUCAGCUGAACUUAUCUUUGAGUUGGAUCAAAAACGUUAAGACACAGAAUUCAGGUGGAUUAGCUAUGGGCAGAGCUAAGCACGCUCCUUAUCUUUUUUUUUUUUUUGGCUGCAUUGGGUCUUCGUUGCGGUGCGUGGGCUUCUCAUUGCGGUGGCUUCUCUUGGUGCGGAGCACGGGCCCUAGGGCAUGUGGGCUUCAGUAGUUGCAGCUUGUGGGCUCAGUAGUUGUGGCUCGCGGGCUCUAGAGUGCAGGCUCAGUAGUUGUGGCACAUGGGCUUAGUUGCUCCGCGGCAUGUGGGAUCUUCCCAGACCAAGGAUUGAACCCAUGUCGCCUGCAUUGGCAGGCGGAUUCUUAACCACUGCGCCACCAGGGAAGUCCUGUCCUUUAUAUCAGGAAUUACAGGAAAACUGUGAGACCACAGAGCACCACCCACUCAUCUCUCCAUUUGGCGGCAUUAGUUUGAAAGCCCUGAUGGCUAAUAAUUUCCAUCACUGGCCAUGAAAGCUUAAAUUUCUAUUGUAAUUGCAUAGGGGACGUGCCAGGGUAGAAGGGAUUUUUUUUUUAAUAUGGGAUUUGAUAAAAAUAUGUUGUUUUAAUUUCACUCUACCAUUAUUUGCUCAUAUUGACAUCUGUAUCUGUUGGCAUUUACCUCAUGAAAAGUUUUAAUUAUUAACAGUAUGAUAUUAGCAGAGAGAGAUUUAACCAAACAUUGUUUUUAAUUAAAGUUCAUUCGGAUUCUAGACCUUGACCAAA